AUCAUGAUCACCAGUUCUCUGUUCAGUGCUUCAAUACCGCAGUAAAGCAAGGAUGUUUUGUCUUUCAUUUAUAAUUUCUCUGCUCAUGAUUCCCGGCAUUUGCAGCCAGAAAUGGGAAGUUCGGUACUCAAAAACUGCAAUAUGUGUUUUAAAGGGUUCAACAAUGCGUUUAUCAGGCAGUUAUAAACACCCAGAUGGUCUCACUGUGACAGAGAUAUUUUGGACUGUAAACAUAGAAAAAGGAAAAGCCAUCAAUCUGCUGAAUAAUCCAAAUUACACAGGCAGAGUUGAUUACUUUCAGAUUGAGGAAAUGUUUUUUCUCAAGCUCAGUAAUGUGAGACAUGAGGAUGAAGGAAUGUACUGCAUCAGAAUUGAGACAAAGGUAGAAAAACAGCAAUUUCUGGGUUUUCCUGGGAUUGAGCUCACAGUGACAGAUCUCAGAGUGGAGACUCCUGCAGAGGUGGUUGAAGGAGAUUCUCCAGUCUUAACUUGUAAAAGUUCCUGUAAUCUCGGCAGCACAAUCUUCAUCUGGUAUAAGAAUGGCAAGUCUUUCUCAGAAUCGGUGCGUCAGAAUCAGCUGAUUCUGCAGUCGGUCAGCAGUGAAGAUUCUGGAAACUACAGCUGUGCAGUGAGAGAUCUGAAAGAUCUGCCGUCUCCUGCUCUCACGCUCAACAUCAGAUAUCCUCCAAAGAGCGUCUCAGUGUCCGUCAGUGGAUCUGCUGUAAUAGAGUCUGGAGAUUCAGUGACUCUGAGCUGCAGCAGCGACUCAAACCCUCCUGCUGUGAACUUCACCUGGUUUAAGGAGAAUCAAAGCUCAGCUGUUGGAUCAGGACAGAGUUUCAGCAUCUCCAGCUUUAACUCCAGUCACAGUGGCCAAUACUACUGCGAGGCUGAGAAUAAAUAUGGCUCUCAGAGAUCAGAGUCUGUUUCAGUCACUGUUAAAGAAAGCGGCUCAUUUUGGAUCUCGAUCACAGCAGGAAUCGCUGCAUCUGCUUUUGUGUUUGUUUUUAUUGUCAUCAUAAGGAAGCGAGUGACUCGGUCAGAAGAGCAAAACCACAGAGGAUCACAACAACAACAACAACAAAAGCACAGUGCGGUGGAGCCUCCUGAAGAUCCCUACAUGGCCCUUGACCCCAAUUCCAGAUGCUCUGAGUACGACACACUAGACAAUUUGAAGAGAUCCUGUGAAAACACAGACGACCGUGAAGAUGAUGGUUCCACAUAUUAUAAUAUUGAUCAAUGAUUAUUCAAAUAGUCACAUCUUGACUUAUUUCAUGAUUUACUUUACUUGUGAGAUUUCCUUGAUGCUGUUUUAAGUCUUUUUUUUUUAAUUAAGUAGGGUAUCUAUAAUUUACCUGUUCAGGUAAACUAAAGGCAGAAUAGAGUAGUCUGGCUCUCUCAAGGUUUUUUUUCUUCACUCCCAUCAGGUGAAGUUUUUUUCCCUCUCCGCUGUCGCCACUGCCUCGCAUGGUUCAGGAUUGGUAGAGCUACGCAUCGAUGAAUUGGCUCUUCAGUGUUUGAACUCUCAGUAAUGAUUAAAUCACACUGAACUGAGCUGAACUGAACUUAAACACUAAAACCUGAACCACACUGUUCCAGUUACUAUGACCAUUUAUGUGAAGCUGCUUUGACACAAUCUACAUUGUAAAAGCGCUAUACAAAUAAAGCUGAAUUGAAUUGAA